AUGGCAAGAAAAACAUCUCUCAAGUUGCCAGGGCAAUGGUACGGUUCUAGUUCGGCUUCUGAUUUUGAAAGCGUUGAAAGUGAAGAUAGAUGGUAUGAUAGUGAAGAUGGGUCAUCUCCAGCACCAGACCUAGCACUCAUUAGCAACUUAUUUGAAAAUCUCGAGCGGAGCCCGCUGGGUCAAGAGGCUCGUAUUUUGCUAAUGCAGCAUCAUGCCAUGUGUGGGUGGCAUGAUGCGGCAAAGAAGGAAGCGCACCGAGUCUUGGAAUUUGAUCGCACCGCCAAAGAAGCCCAGAAACAUUUAGAGCAUCAUCCCAAGGUGAGCCUGCGAGGGUGCGAUGAAGCCGGGAACAGGAACGGGAAAGCGAAGUCAUCCAAAGACGACAUCAAGUCCAAAGAAAAGCAUGGAGAGGCUACAGAUCCCCAACGGCAGAGCGCUCAACCUCCAAUAAGGCGACCGACCGCGCCGCUGCAGGAACUUGAGGAUGGCUAUGCUGCACUGCUGGAAAAUGCUAAGCUUUGCCUCAGUGAAACCAAGCUCUUGAACCACCUGGAGGUUCCAAACCGUGAAAACCGAACAUUGGACCUCGAAGCAUUGUCAAAAGGUCAGGUGAACAAUGUGGAUCUGGAGGACUUGGCCAGGUGGUGCAGGAAGUCAGAAAAGUCCACGGAGGGUUCUGGCAAGGCCAAAAGCAGAUCAACUGGCGACCAUGACCAGGACAGAACUCGUGAAGCGCCGGUCAAGCGUGUGAAAGCAUUGAAGGCUUUGUUGCCCAAAAGUUUGCAGCCACUUGCAGGUUUGGCAAUGAUGCAUGCGGAGCACGAGAUUCUUCAUCGAGAGUACAUCAACGAUGAGACUAUGGCUUUAGAUGCAAUAUCCAGUAUCCCAAGAGCCAACUUCUGGACUAGUGAAGAUGGUUACGCGUGGGAUAUGGAGGACUUGGCGAGAGCCAUCGCGAGUGCUAAAGGCGUGAUGAGGAACCCGCUCAAAAAACAACAAGCCGUCAUCAAUUUCAUCAAAAUGUUCACGAGGGCCGAUAUACGAGCGAUCAUUCAGCAUCCUCUUGGGAAAGGGCUCCAGGCCUUACAGGUAAAGCAAAGCAAGCUCAAGCGUGGUGUACGGCCGCAGACCAUUGACGAGCUUGAUAGACUGGCGAAGAUGUUACUGGUGGACGUGUCCGAAGAUGGAAAACCAAGUCAUCUCGCCAUAAAGGCCUUCGUUUCGUACUUAGAAACGCUACCGAGUGGGGAACAGGAAGCCGUCGAUGAUCUGAAAGUACCGGCGACGGACAGUCACACCGGGAUGGCAUUCGAUGCCACGACUGGCGGGGCAGUGAAAGAUGUUGAGCGGAACAGAAUAUGCAGCCAUAAGGCGGGUGACUUGCUGGUUCAGGAUGUGAAAUUCUAG